CCGCAACGCUAUUUCGAUGCUUCAUCGACGGGAAGCUUCGCAUCUGUCCGGCUCUUUACUCGUCCAGAGACUUCGCUCUGUGCCCUCUGCAACUCGUACAUCCAUUUACGAGUCCAACCACCGACGUGUCCGGAUCAUUUGAGUCUUCCAUUCGAAAAACGACAGUUCGCGUUCGUCUUCCUCCGUGGCAACAACAUUUCUUCCAUCUUCCUCUUCCGUGAAAAAAAGGGCGGCGUACGCACGGACAGGUUUAUUCUGCUGGAAACUCCACGAUCAAUCUCGCGACGUUGAUUGCACCUGAAGCUCGAUACGCCAGAUUUCUAGCUAAUGACCGAGUGAUUUCCUGGAUAAUAUUCGAGAAGUGAGUUAAAAGUGUUUUUUCGGGGCAAAAGCAGCCCGGCAAGCGAAGAGGCUCCGGGACCAAAGCAACAGACAGUGAUAUUUUUAUCGAAGCCUGCGCACUGCUAACCGAAGAUAUGGGCCCAAUGCCGGAGGCUUCAGGAUCAGGGGUGGCCGACGAGUCGGAUUACUCGACUUUCGAGAAUAAGACCGGCUUGGCCGAGGACAUGAAGUUCUUGGCAAGUAUGCCGGAACUUUGCGACGUAACUUUUCUGGUCGGUGAUACCAGGGAGCCCGUUUGCGCCGUGAAAGCUGUGCUUGCGGCCAGGAGCAGAGUCUUUCACAAGAUGCUAUAUCAAACUCCAAGUCCUCAACGUAAAAAAGAUCCGCCGGCGCGAGAGAACAAGAUACGGCUUUUCCUCAAACGUAGUUCCGAGCCGUUGUUGAAUUUACAGAAUGCAGCGCAACAGCGGUCAGGGUUCACGCAGCAACUGGCCCCCAUCCAAGAGCCGCAAUCAAAUCAGCAUCACACACUGAUUAUCGAAGAGUUCGAGCCCGAUGUCUUCCGGCAGUUGAUCGAGUAUAUUCAUACAGGAUGCGUGACACUGCAACCAAGGACUUUACUCGGUGUAAUGAACGCCGCCGAUUAUUACGGAUUAGACGAGCUUAGAAGAGCCUGUCACGGUUUUGUUCAAUGCUGUAUAACCGUUGAUACGGUCUGUGCUUUGCUAGCAUCAGCGGAACGUUACAUCCAAUAUAAAUGCACGAAAUCUUUGGUUCAAAAGGUACUGGAAUUUGUCGACGAGCACGGCAAUGAGGUAUUGAAUCUAGGAUCCUUCACAUUGCUACCGCAACACGUGGUUCGAUUAAUCCUCGCCAGGGAAGAACUACGCGCAGAUGAAUUUACGAAAUUUCAAGCCGCGCUAAUGUGGAGUAAAAAAUAUUGCGACAACAACCAGAAUAUUCCGCUGAAAGACGUGAUAGGUAACUUUAUCGAGUACAUCCAGUUUCACAAGAUCCCAGCCACCGUACUGAUGCAGGAAGUGAACCCGUUGGGUCUGGUACCACCGGAGAUCAUCAUGAAUGCGCUGGCCUACCAGGCAGACCCAACAAGUGUCGACCCCAGGAAACUCUCCCCCCACAGAGUGAGGAGACAAGGUCGCAGUAUGUCGGUUCAAUCGUCGCUGGAUCCGUACGGCAGCAACACGACCCUGAGCUCGAGCGGGUCCGACGCCGGAUCGGAUCAGAAACAGCAUUCCGGUAGCAACUAACCUCAGGCCACGGCCGCACUGUUCGCGGCCGUUUCGGAUGAACCUCGACGAAACGAGGAUAUUUGCGGCUCCGACGAAGGAGCGGCAUUGACGGACUACACCGUCGUACGAGAAAGGGAACAGAGAGAACGGCAACGAUCGCUGCGACAGCAGCAGCAGGAACAGGAAGUCAUUCAGGUUCAGGUUCAGGUUCAAAUCGAACAGGAGCCGCAGCAGCAGCGGCCGCAAGAAUCGCCGCAACAACAGCAAACAGAGCCGCAACAGCAGGAGACGCAGCAGCAACGUCAGCAAGAACAGAAGUUGGAAGAAGAGCAGCGAAAGGAACCAGGUCAUCUGCAGAAACAAGUACGUCAGAAAAUAGAAAAGGACAGGGAGCAACGGAAACUUCAAGAGCAGCAGCACCUGCGUAAGCUGCUAAGUAAGCUGGAAAGGGAUCAGGAGAUAUUGCAACGAAGACUGGAGCAGAAAGAGGAGUUACAGCUACGGAAGCUGGAAAUGGAGGAACUAAAAAGAAAAUUGAAGAAGGAGAAGGAGAAAGAGCAACAGAUUGAAAAAUUGAAGAUGGAUAAAAAUGCAGAAGAGACGAAGGAGAAGAAGGGAGAACAGAUACAUCCGUCGAAAGAUAAGCAACAGUUACCAGAGGGAGACGUUGAGGAGGUACAACCGCAGAAAGCCGAGGAGCAACAAAGAGAUAAACCACUGGAAGCAGGCGAGCAAGAACAACUGAGCGGGCAAGAUGAGAGAAUGCGAGAGACGCUCGCGGAACCAACGCAACAGCAGAAAAUCGAGGCGAUAGCGCAGCAACAGAAGGAGGAAUCGCAGCAACAGCAACAGCAGCCAGGAGUUUUGCCGCUCGAGGGAGUCAGUGGGCUUUACAUCAGAAUAGUGCUAAGGCACGAAGGUCGCGCGAAUUUGGUUUGGCUGUACAAAACGCAUAUAUUCUAAAUUCCGAUGACACGUCUCGCCGCUUUCGUCUUUGUUACAUUGGAACGACCACGCGGCUGUAAGGCUAUAUGGCUCUACGAUUUAUCCAUCCAUGUUGAAAGAUAUUGAGAAUUAUUCAAUUACGAGGCGCGACGUACUCGCCAAUCGAAACGUUAUAUACUGAUGCGUUAUUGGUACUUUGCAUCGCGGGGUUACGUUACAUCUUAAGAAAACGCGCGUUCUCUCCGACUUCAUUUUCAAUGUCGACAUAAAAACGACGCGCAUUAGAACAUCGUGCAUGUAAUCAGCUUCUUUUCUCAACCUGUACGACGUGAGCGUCAAGGUUUAACGCUGUAUCCGGCGUCGCCAGUUCUAGAUGUAAUAAAUCAGGGGAUUUCGUUAGGCUCGAUUAUCCAUAGUCAGGAAACAAGACAAUCGUGCCCGUGUUAUUGUUGCAAGAAAAAAUAUGUAUCUGUUAAACGUAAAAUAUGCAAACAUAACGUAAAAUAUGUGCAUGUAGACGAGAAUGCAUCCGUUGCUUCCUUCAUCAUGCUUUCUCUCUAUCAUUGGUGGGCACUAUCGUUCAAUCAAAUGGAUGCACCGUCGGCAAAUGAUUACUUUGGAUUAAUUAGACAAGGUAUAAGUGUACCCGAAAACGUAUUUUGUUACAUAGUUGUUCUGAUUUGCACAUAAUUUAUCUUGUGCAAUUAUUACUUCUUGUAAUUCCUAAUUUAUUACAAAUUCUAUCUCUACAUAUCUAUAUAUAACAAUCUAAAUUAUACCCUGUUAUUUUUAAUAAAUAAUUGUUAUCAUUUAUUGACAAAGUUAGCAAAUUGACUUAUUGUUGAAUUUUUAAAUCGAAUUAUAAAACAUAUCCGAUAUUGUUAUAAUGUCGAUUUUAGAUAAAUUCUAUCACACUAAAAAAGCCUUGCAAAGGCCUUGAAAACAAUAAGCCAAGUACAUAAAAAAUCCCAACUUAUACGCAACAAAACAAUAUUUAUUAUAAAAAUCGAAACUGCAUAUCAAAUCAAUAGUUAACUAGCCUAGAAGCAAUUCAGUUUCAGUAUUUUAUCCAAACGUUUUCCAUACUCUCUUAUCGCAUGACGACAUUGAAGUACUUGGCGGGUCGCAUUGGUCAUGUUUCAGAUAAAUUCUAUAUACGCUUGUUAAUAGAUUUGAUAUUAUAGCCAAGAUGUGAACGACGGUUUGGCAGUAACAAAUGACUCCUGGAGAGUUCGAUGUUGCCACAGUCGCUUCUGUAGAGAUUAUUACUCGAUAGUAGGACAUUCAUUUUUUUCCAGUUGCACUAUCAAUUACCAGAAAGCAGAGAUCGUAGCAAAGCUACGAUCCCGAGAAUAAAAAAAUAAGAUUUGAAUACUUGCCAGAUUAAUCUCAUUGAAACGAGUGCUAUUAUCGUAGCAAAGCUAUGAUCCUGAGAAUAAAAAAAAAGAUUUGAAUACUUGCCAGAUUAAUCUCAUUAAAACGAAUGCUCUUAUCGUAGUUUUUAACUAAAUGCAAUUGAUGCAUGCUGCUGCAAUAAGUUACUCGUUACAUUUCAGUCUGUUGUAAAUAACGAAAAUAUAUAUGCACUAAAGGCACGCGCGUGUCUUUAUCAACAACGUUCAAUAUCAGUCUAGUAGAGACUAUAAAAGCACUUUAAUUUUUAAAUACGAAGCUUAAACGCGUAGAUUAAAUAUAGAACGUUAGCGAUAGUUAACUAACACUAAACGCAGCUGUCGCGCUACUGAUAAUGUUUUAUUACUGUAUUGUCACACAUGCAGCUUGAUUGCAUAGGUGUCAAGGAUACGUUUAUGAAUGUGGACAUAUUUACUUGUCUAUGUGUCGGCGUCUGUUUGUGCGCAGCGAUAUUUCUAUUGUUUUAUACGUAAGAUGUAUGUAAAAAUAUAUACAUAUAAUGUCGUUGAGCAGCCUAAUGGCGCAAAUUCCUCGUUGUGCAUUGUUAAUCUAUAUGCGAACAAAUUGAAUGUAUGGAAACACAAAGCACUGUGCAAAAGUUAUUUUCGCUUGUUUAAGGUGGCUUCAAUUAAAAUUAAUUAACAUGUUCACUGUCACCGACGCGCAGGCGCGUCCGAUUAUACUUUGCGCUUGUGCUAUCAACAUUUCUAAGCGCCCAAAAUUUUAUACUGUCUGUCUCCAUGACUUUAUAUCGAUUCUACUCUAAAACGACUUUUUAAGAAAAAUAUAAUGAAAUGUUUCUGGCAAGAAUAAAAUGGAUAAUUAGUGAUAGUAAA